AUGGAAGAUAAUGAUAGUGCAUCGUCAUGCGGUGGCACGCAUAAUGGUGAUGUAGAACAAAUGGAUAAUGAGAAUGAAGAUGUAGAUAAAGUAUGUCGGGAUGAAUUGGCGAGAGCUGAAAAGAGACAGAGAGAGGAAAGUACUGGAGAUGAAGAUAGUUGGACUGAAAUAAAAGGCAAGAAAAAGACACGUCGUGAAUGCGUUAGUAAACUGCACAAGGAGAAUUAUGAAGUGUAUAUAUCACACAAAGAUCCUCUUCCUAAGCAAUUUGCUUUGGCACGAAUUUUAAAAGAAAAUAAUAUCGGCAAUAUCAGUCAGUUGUUUAGUUCACCCGGUAAAUCCAAAAAUAAAUUAAAUCCUGAUAAAGAACAAGCCUCGAAAGAGAGAAAGCGUGAUGUUAAUGAAGAUUGGAUGUUUUGGAAUUCUGAGCCAGACUACACUAGUCCACUUCCAGAAGGUUGUGGAUGGUAUACGUUCAAGUUUGUAUGGGCAUUGUGGGACGCACAAAUGGGCGGAAGCGCGUUGAUUCGAGAUGGGCACCAUGUGCGCCGGCGCCUCGAACCCAACCUGGCGCCGCGUACAACGCGAUACGUGAGGAAAUCUCUCCGAUCGUACCUGGCGGGCUCACUCGCCGACAGCGGUGGUCCAUUGAGCCGCGCUUGUGCUCAUUACCGCUCCGCCGGCCGGCCCUGCGCACACGCAAACAGCGCGCCGCUCGCGGACCGACUACACCGACGCACUGCCUACGACAUGUUGGCUCCCAUCUCUAGAUACGACAUGGAGAACUUAUCGAAAUCGCAUAUUUGGCUCGCGGCUGCAGCCAUCCUGGCGACGUGCGGGGUGUGUGCUGGUGCCGGUGUCGGCAACAGGAAGCCGUUCACCCCGACCGACUCGAUCCUGGAUAUCAUUGAUACCGAACAAGUGCAGAGGUUCCUCGCAGAGAGACAGCGGGCGGAACAGGCCACUGCAUCCUCUUCUACGUCUUUUGUGCAAAGAAACGAACUCGGAGAUGGCAGUUCUGAGACGGGUAUGGUGGUGUCCCUACCUGAGCAAGAUGAUACUACGGAAUUGCCCCCGGGAGUCGAAUUCAGGAAAAUAUUGAAAUCGUCAAAGAACGCUUUGGUCGUAACCAAAAAGAUUAUCUCAAGGAAGAUUGGUGUAAAACCGAGCCUCUAGUUCAGAAAAUCCGAGAACCGGGUUGUCUGCCCACAACAGUGAUAAACAAAUUCUGCUACGGACAGUGCAACUCGUUUUACAUACCGAAAGGCCCGCGGCGACGCGACAACAACGCUGACCGGCCGCAGCCAGCCUUCAAGUCUUGUUCGUUUUGUAGGCCUAAGAAGUUUACUUGGGUGACAGUGACUCUGCGUUGCCCCGGUCAGAACCCACCAUUUAGACGCAAGCGGUUACAGAAGGUCAAACAGUGCAAGUGUUUACCGGUUGGAGUGAAUUGACGAGAAUAGUGAGACGGACCCUGCAGUAACAGAGGCGGUACGACCGCCAGCUUAUGACGCACUAGUGCGCACGGGACGCCUGGCUGUCCAGGGUGGCAGACGGCGGGAGCGCCGAGGGGCUCGGAUGCUCCACAUCGUACAUCGUUACCGUUCAUUGUUUCGAUCACGUUCCAGUGUAUAGACUGUGUAUGAACUGGUCAAAUAAAUUGAGAUGCCGUGCUCUCAUACGUCAAUGCGGAUGACGUAAUGUGAUGCAUAGAUUAGAUGCCUAUUUAGAGUUACAUUGUAAUAGAGCGGCUUCGACUGCAAGUCGUCGAGCAAAAGCUUUAAUUGUUCGUAGCGAAACUAAUUAGCUAGUGUGUUAGAAUAGCGGUGGCCUUCCAAUCGAUUAAGGAUUUGUUUUGGUACAAAACUUGUGAAUUAUUUCCGUUUAUUGAAAAGUGAUUAUUCUGUGUCCAAGUUGUGUUAUUUAUGUCAGCGGAAUAAUGUGUGAUACUAGUUUAUAGUUUGACAGUUAAUUGUGUUUCUUUGCGCGUUUCGGUGAGUCACGAAAUAGUACCGAGAUUAAGGUGUAGAGACUUAAUCCGCGUUACAUUGUCGUGUUAUUAAUUUAUUGUGUAACGUUGUAAUGUACUGUAGCUAAAACAGAAUACGCUUAUAAGUUGAUUAUUUACUGUUGAUCGUAGUUUCAUCUUGUUAUCUCGCAAUAAUAUGAGUAGGUAGUAGUAUACGAUAUGUAUUUAAAUAUAUUUCAAUGCAGUAUAGAGUAACGUUAGGUUUUAUGAUAAUUCGAAACAAAAUUAUGAUCUCUGUUUGCUCUCAAGAAGUUAUGCAUUUGUUUGUAUGUAUAUCUGUUAACAUAAUAUAUACAUUUACAUGAUCUGGGACUGUGUAUUUGUGUACCCACGUAAUGCAGGAUAUUAUGAUUAUGUACUUACUAUCUUAGAUGUUGUAAUAUUAUGUAGAAGUUAAUAAACCGAGUAUUUAUAU